UUUUAUUUCCUUUUCCUUUUCUCUCGUUUCUUCCUUUCCUCACUCCGUCUUACUCCAUCCAACACUUCUUCUCUUCCUCUCAUUCUCAUCUUCUACCAGAUCAAGACUAACACCGCCUCCUCUGUCUUUAACUAUGCGGCCUAUAUUCUUUCCAGAAGACUGCUGGCUCGGCAAGACUCUCGAGGUCUCGUCACCUCCCUCUGUUUGGAAACUCACCGAAAAGAUUAUAGAGGAAUCCGAGGUUAUAAGCCGCAAGGACAUGCAGGAGUUGGACUGUGUUCCUUACGCCCGCGCCGAGUUCAAAUGCUGUAAUACAAGCAAUCCCGACCAGCAAGCUCUGAUUAUCAUCUAUCUCCAACUUCCUGCGGAAGAAUCUAUGUACCUGUCUCCGUCCAUGCGUCGCAGAGAAGCAACCGACAGAGAGGUAGAAGAAUUCGACCAGUUAGUCAAAGCCUAUAAGUGUCUACAACUUCAUGGUUGUGAUUUCACACCACAAUUUCUCGGUUCUUCUCAUGAACGCCAAGAUGAUGAUGGUCUCGUACCGGGAGGGUUUCUCUCAUGUGUCAUCUUCACCUUGGUCCCGGGCGAUUUUCUAGGAACAGGAACCGUUGGCUGCGACUUCGGAGGCAGUGGCACUCCUUGCGUGGUACUGAGUCUUUCUCAAGAGGACCAAAAGCGCUGCCGAGAAACGUCGAUUCCAGAUGGGAUGUUCUGGACAUUGAGUGCAGAGGAGCGAGCCGUGAUACGCCAACAGUUCGAAUCAGCUUUCACUAUCUUAUUCAAUAUCGGUGUGGAUGUUUGGUGGGGUGACUUAGAUAACUUGAGUUGGGACCGAAGGAUGCAGAAGCUAUACUUCUUCGGGCAAUUUUACCUUGCUGAGGAACGCCCUACCUGGCCUAAGAAGGACGAGCUUCUCAGCUGGGGCCUAGCUUUGAGUCCUAUUAAGCCACAAGGGGUGGAAUGUGACGAAAGUGAACUGAUACUCUGAGAGCCUAUAUACGGUAUCUUUGUCACCCUGAUGAUAGUUAUAAUUGCUAGCUAUCUGAAUUGAUUGGGAUGCUCUCUGACAUUCGUUGUGCCUGUUUGCAGUGUAGCUAC